AUGGCCGACUUUAGGCAAUGGGCUCUAGAAUUCGUUCUCGCCGAUAAUGAGGGGCAACAGACUGCGAUAGCUCAGAAAGCUGCGAAUGAAAUUCAGACUGCUCCUGCAAACACCAAUCCGUUGGCACGAUGGGUCGAGGCCGUGCAACCUUGGAUGCCAGGAGGUGGCAAUGAAGCCGAAAACGAGACACCAGACUGGACUGCCAGAGCUAAAGCUCUGGAAUUCUUGGCUCGGACUUUGGACUUUGUGGGCAAGGAUGUUCUAAAACCCAGCCAAGUAAAACUGCUAGUCAGCUUCUUUGGUGCCAUGUUUGAGGUUGAUCACAAAGCCGGUAUCAUGCCCUCAGCAACCGCUCUGUCUAGGAUAGUCGUCAUGAAGUCCUUCCAACGCCAUAUGGGACAUGACAUUAUCCAAAAAGUCUGCUCUCUGAAGGAUGACUUCCCCAGACAAGUGGCCAAGACAAGACUUGAGAUUUACGAACUCAUAAGACUGCUCAUGACAACUCCUGGGGUGGCGAGCGAUUUGCAGAACACACACGGUUCAUCUUCUGGCUUCAUGCUUGAUUUGAUACAACUUUGCCGAAACGAGCGAGAUCCUGAAUGUUUAAUGGUGUGGUUUGACAUACUCAGACUGUUUAUGUCUGAAUACAACGUUUCGCAAGAUGUUUUGGAGGAGGUUUACGGAGUGUUCAAGCCAUACUUCCCAAUUUCACUCCCCAGAGCCUCACAGGUUGCAAUUACUCCUGAAGAACUGAAGCUGCAGCUACGGAAAUGUUUCUCAGCGACCAGGCUAUUGGCCGACAAGGUCUUCACCUUCCUGCUGGGCAAGCUUGACCAGGGCGAUGCUGUUACCGUGAAUGUGAAGAUUGAUAUCCUGAAAACCAUGCAAGCAUGCUUGGACGAGUACAGCUACCCUCAGAAAUCAAUUGCCCCCUAUGCCAGCCAAAUCUGGGGCAGCCUCAAGUACGAGGUCCGAAAUGGAGAGAUCGAAGAUACUAUUUGGAGCACAUUAGAAGUCCUCAAGUCUCUUACUCAAAGACUAACUGGCGACAACCUCCGCGACCAUACGCUCACUGUCACACGAGACUGCGUCCCAGAUCUUGCAACGACGAUGUAUGCCGCAUCCGCUGGCCGGCUGAUGAUCAGCAUCCUGAGCUCUAAACCGGGCGCGUUUGUAUUGAUGGCAGCUCCUAUUCUCACACACAUCAAGGAGAACCUGCGCCAUCCCAAGGCACCUGUGCAUAGCCAAGACCUCCACAAGGUUCUGCACGUCAUAUUAGAAACCCGACUCCUCCUCACGGACUCCAACAUGACUGCCGAGGAGCGGGAAGACUUUGCUGCCAUCGAUGGAUUCUUUAAAUCUCUCUACAACGAAGUUUACAAGAGCGCAAUCGGCCUUGGAUCCAAACAAGAUGCCUCGUAUGACGAUAUUAAGGUCGCUUCCCAAGCAGUUCAGGGCGCUGGAGCUUUGAUUUGCCAAAGACCCGCCAAGUCUUCGGAUCCAUCAAACACCGGUGCAAGCGCUACUUCUGAGCGUCUACUCCCCGAGGAGACAUGUUCAGAGAUUUGUGAAUCUCUCUUUGCAAUCCUCAAGGGAUCAGGCCCAGAAUACCCUCGAUCAGCUGGCGGCGACGAACUCAUCAAUGAAACAGCCAAGGCACUCCAGCGGGCGGUGCGUUUAUUCCCUCGCGGUUUCAACGGUCUUGUGGAUGAAAGCAUAGCUAUAAUUCGCACCGCUAGACAAAAUUAUGGGAUAGUAGAGGUGGUUGAGACAGUCACGACUCUGGGAGGUCUGAUUGCGUUCGUGGGCUCUUCUGAACUACCCGAAACACCUCGAGACGGAUUUGACCAUUUCGUUUACUCUGUCAGUGUAUUUCUGUCAGAGCUUUUCGAAACAAUCCAGUCACAGUCAGACCCUCAGAUCUGGUGUGCUUUGGCAGCUACAGCUCAAUCUAUUAUUCGCCAUUUCAACGAUGCUUGCCUGUCAAGCAGCCCUGACAAGAAUCUCCCUAUUGACGGAGAAUCCCUACAGGCAAUUGGCGCCGCUUACACUAACCUGAGUCAGCUUGGUGAUGGGAAGCCAGUUGAGUCUUCUGUGGAAUACCACAGCCGUGUCUCCCAGACUUCCUCCGUCGCAGAGAUCAGGAACGAAUUCCUACUAGUCACCCUAUUUGUCGCAAGACAGCUUUAUAGACGUGCAACCAAGGUUAUCGAUACGCACCCUCAGACAGGAAAGCAAGCUCUUAGCCUAAGCGACGAUUUCGCCAGUGUCGACCAAACCACUGGACACCAGUAUCUUCAUCUUAUUUCUACCCUAGCAGGUUUCGCCAUCCAUGAGUUCAGUGAAGCUCAACAGACAUCACUCAAAGUCGAGAAUUUUGCGAUUACUCUAUUCAGAGAGGAUUAUAUUACAGUUCCCCAGACUCAAGCGGAUGCACAGCCAGUGUUAGAAAACGGCUCAUCCUGGGUUUGGUUAGCAUCAGAGGCACCCAAUGUUCUGACCCUCGGUGCGCUGCAAGCUUUGCAGCCAUCGGCAGUAGCACGUCUGUUCGAUAACGGAGUCGCUCAGGAGUUGAUCCUUAGUGGAUUCGCUGCGGACACAAACUUUAGCAGACCAGUGACACUGUCGAUCCUCACCAUCUUAGCAAACAAAUACAAGAUAGAGGCUUUACCAAGUCUCGUGGCGGCUCUCGAACAACGCACACCGGCCUUGUUGACGACAUCCGAGAACGAGAACUCUCGAUUGGAGCAAAUCACGUCUAUCUAUGCCCUCAUGGCAGGAAUGGUGCGACGAUAUAGUGGCAAAGAAGCCAAGGCAUUGCUUGAUGUGGUAAAGGACUCACCUAAAGAUCCCCAAUUGGGCGCUGAACUUGCACGCCGGCUUGAAAUGAUCGUGGCUCCUCAACAACCACUUACGAAGGAGAAUUAUGCGAUCGUCAAGCCUCUCUGGACACAAAAGGUGUACUUUCAGCUAGUUAGCUCCAUGCUGCAAGCCGCUACUGGAAAGGAUGCCGACAUCCAGGCUCAGCAAGCCAAAGCCAGCUAUAGCACCGCUGUCCUGCUUAUGGUCAAGCACAUGAGCUUCGCUAUUUACGAAGCCGACGCAGACAACAUUCUCAGGAUCUCCAUCGCUGUCGCCCAGAACAGCGGCAUGGGUCCUGAGACCAAGGCUGCCCUUGAUGUGAUCAAGAAUAUCCUCACAGAAGCUUCCGAGAAGGGCAAAGGCCAUAUCAGAAGCAUCAUCAAAAUCUGCAGCAGCGUGUUCUCAUACACACCCCAGUCCACAGAAAGCGUAGACAUAGAGGGUGCUUGCGGAAAGCUCGCGCUGGAGAUUGUGGGAAGUCUGCCACGCACUUACGACUCACAGCAUUUGAUACCGCAUGCGCCUCAAGUGCAGCGACAAUUGACAUUAGUCUGUGGACACCGGGUGAGAGAAGUAAGGAAGACAGCACGGCUAGCUAGAGCGGCCUGGGCGGAUCUCAAGUAA